AUAAACUGGCCUCUACAUGGAUCUAAUGUAUCCAUGUUUCUAGAUGUCUACGAUCUGUGUAUUUUCAAUUUAUAACGAACAACAAAAACAACGAUACCUUUUACAAGUGUAGUGAUCAUGUGUUGCAAUCGACAGCCUAAAGUCUAAUACUAGGUCAAAGCCAUGCUAGAUGAUAUCUCGAAUCCCUCUAGUUCAUCGGCAUUAACCCAUGACAACUUUGCCUCCCUUCUUUUCCACGCUGUCAACCGCUACAAAGCCCUGCCUUCAGGUGUGAAACGUGCAUCUAGAAGAAAAGAAGAAAAAUUUCGCUUGUUUUUUUCCUCCGGUUUUUUGGCCGCCCUUCCAUUUCUUCUUCUUCUCCUUCUUCUCCUCCUUCCUCAUCCUUCUUUUCACUUUCUCAGACUUCUUUUCACUUUCUCAGACUUCUUUUCACUUUCUCAGACUUCUUUUUUUUUCCUUUCGGACAACAACAAUCAUCAGAAAACAUUGGCCUUUAUUCUUUGCUUCCACAGGAUCUGGGUCUCAUUUAUUUCUGAGAGAGUGAAAAUCCGACAGGAAGAACCUAACUUCGGUUGCGUGAACCUUACCACCAUGUUUACCUGACCCUAUAAUGGUUCGCAAAUUCAUAACAGCAAGAACUAAAGAAAUUAGAAAGUAAUUAAAGAAUUAAGUAAUUAGAAAAAGAGAAUUAA